AUGUUGGAGUCCUCAGAGCCCAGCCACGAGGUUGCAGACUGGCUGUCAACCCUCCACCUGUCUCAGUACAUCCCCUUUUUCCAGCAGGGAGGCUAUCGAGUUCUGGAAAACUGCACGGACCUCACAGACGAGCGACUCCUAGAGCUUACAGUGCUGCCAACAGGCCACCGUAAACGCAUCCUUCUAAGUUUGGAAGCACUUGGCUUGAAGCAGCUGUGGAGAUGUGGAGAUGAAGGUGAAGAUGAGGAAAGUCCUGGGAGGGGACAAACGAAACCAAAGCUGUACCCAAGACAUGUUUUCAUGGACAGAAAAAGGGGGACGUCAUAUCAGCACAAUCAAACAAAGGAGACGAGAGAGAAUGAUUCAGAAGGAAGUCGGAGCUUACCUGCAGGAGCAGGACUGGCCGUAGACGAAGAGUCCCUUCCUAAUAGAAAAUAUGCUUUUCCUCCCAAACCAGCUCCACGUAACCUCCAGUCCAUCCAGACAUUCGUCCAGGCACAGACCUGUGGACCAGCCUCAACGCUCUCAAGCAGUAGCAGUGAAUCCCUUUCUACACCUGAAAUACCCUCAGAUUUGGAGGUCUCUUCAGAAGAACACUUCAGUUCUGCUGCUGAAGCCCUGCUCCUGGCAGUGGCUGAGGACAAAGAGGGUGUCCCUGUUCAAAUGGUUGACAACUCAAUAUAUGAGAAGCGGCAUUCUUUAAAGGAUCCCGCAGCUCCACGUCACUCUCGCUCCUACCGGUUAAGGCACCGUCCAGUACCUGAAAUACCCAACUCAACCUCUGUGCCUCUUCAAGAGAGGAGCGCACAAACAACCAGCCCUGAACACCUAACCGGCUCAGAGCAUCCCACCAGUGCAAACAGCGCUCAGAAAGCUCCACUUCAAAGAACAUUGUCACCUAUCGUUCCCUACGGAGAAAUAUUUCUCUUCAACAACCCCGAACCUGCUCCGGAACAAGGUGCUAAAGAAGGGCGGCAGAGGGGGUUUAAGGCGAGGAUGAAACCAAAGAGGAAGAGAAAAAAGUCGAAAGAAAAAGAGUGUCCAAUGGGCUUGACUGUGCCGGACGAAGAUGAAUACUCCACAGUGAACAUGUUGCCUCAGACCAUUAUGGACCAACGUUUCUCCUCAGUCCCUGAUGUCGCUUCUGUUGGUUCAGCGUCUGCUGUUCCUAAACACGAGUCUCUGAUCAUGGUGGACUGUGACCUCUACUCCCAGCGUGCAGAUGUUCUGACGAGCAUCGCCAAAAGAGAACAGCCUGAUAUUUCUCCUUAUGCAUGUUUUUACGGAGGCCCCAAACACCAAGUGCUCAAAGUGGGCUGGCUGGACAAGCUGUCCCCUCAAGGAAACUGCGUUUUUCAGAGGAGGUGGGUGAGAUUUGAUGGCGACAGUCUGGCCUACUACAACAACGACAAGGAGAUGUACUCCAAAGGUUUGAUCCUAGCCAGUGCCAUCAGGCAGGUGCGAGGACUUGGAGACAACAAGUUUGAGGUUGUCACUUUGCUCCGGACCUUUGUAUUCCGGGCUGAAAAAGAAGGGGAGCGCCAGGAGUGGAUGGAAACUCUUCAGACGGCCACGCGCCCCCCCGCCUGCAGCUCCCAGAAGCGCUCCGACAGCCUUCCCCACCUCUCCUCCACAAACAAGCGUGGCUUGCUGGAGCUCCGCGGUUACAAAGGCAGAGUGCUGGUGUCCCUGGUGGGGAGUAAAGUCAGGCUCUGCAAAACAGAACAGGAUUACAGGGCAGGUCUUUGUAUCACUGAGGUGGACCUGACUGCUGCCAACAUUAGAGACGUGGAUCGCAAGAGCUUUGAAUUCAACACACCCUUCAAAAAUUUCUGCUUUGUGGCGAACUCGGAACGGGAGAAGGAGGAGUGGAUUGAAGCGGUCCAGGAAUCGAUUGCUGAGACACUCUCUGACUAUGAAGUGGCAGAGAAGAUCUGGUUCAACAAGGCCAACAGGAGCUGUGCCGACUGUUGUGCCCCUCAGCCGGAGUGGGCGUCAGUCAAUCUGGGUGUGGUCAUUUGUAAGAAAUGUGCAGGUAAGAAGCACACACACUUUCAUUUGAAAAUAUACAUUUAUAUGUGUGUUAUCUCCAAGAACCCUCGACAAAAAUCACAGACUCGUUGGUGUGGGAGGGACAAGUCUGAGCUGUACGCUGUUUGGGGGUGGGGCGGAGACAAAGCACAGCUGAGCUGUGCGCUGUUUGUGCCAAAAGUUUUCAAAGGGGGGAGCUGUUAG